CUUAAUUGACAGCACCUCCAGCCAAUCGCCGAUGGGGGCGGGCUUAGGUCUCAGAUGUGUUUCCGGGGUCCCACACAUGCACGUGUGGGAGACGUUUGUUUCAUAUCACUUUCCGUACUCAACUGGACAUCAUCACAAACAGCCUCAAGACGUCUCUGCAAGCGAUUUUUCGGUGGAAGAUAAGGAGAGUUUUCCAGAUCCGCACUCUUUUCCACCAGCUACAGCCUUUUAAACAGUAGGUGUCAUAUUUUCUAGCUUUGUGUCAGUUUAUUUCAAUGAUUUACUUUAGAGGAGCUGCUAAGGUCCAAGGGGAUAAUUGACUGAGAGAACACAAAAACUUGGCUCUGAUGGCUGAGUCGGAGGCUGUGUCUAAGCCAACCCUGGUUGGAGAGAAGAGAGGCUGUCUACAGGACAGGGACGAAGAGACACCAACGAAGAAGCCAAAAGUUGAAAGCGAUCGUGAAAAUGGGAAUGCUCCCAACCCAGACGAUGGUGGUAAGGAGGGGCUGGAAGGAGAUGCGUGUGAUGAAGAGGAUGGAGAAAGCUUUGCUGACAUGAUGAAGCAUGGCCUGACUGAGAUAGAUGUUGGCAUCCUGAAGUAUGUCAGUGACCAUGAAGGUUUCUCAGGAAUCCUGAAGGAAAGGUAUUCUGAUUUUGUUGUGAAUGAAAUCAACAAACAAGGAAGGAUAGUACAUUUAGAUGAUCUCUCCAUCCCAACAGACAGUGAGGAAGGAGCAGAAACUGAGGAGCAACCAAGUGAUUGUGAAGUGCUGACUGAGGAGCAGAAAAAGCAGCUCAGUGAGCUGCAGCUCUUCAAGAAUAAAGAAGGAAACGUCUCCAUCGAGAUAAUAGAUGAUACGAAGGAGAAAAGAACGCUUGUCCACAAAGCCAUCAAGAAUCAGUUUCCUGGUCUGGAAACAAAGACGGAAGAGAAAGAAGGUCACAAGUUCAUUGUGGCUUAUCAUGUUGCAGGGAAGAAGGCUUUAGCAGAAGUCAAAACAACUCCAGCUCCAAGGAAACACUUUUGGCCCAAAAAUCGUGGCAGUUACUGCCACUUUGCUCUUUACAAGGAGAACAAAGAUACCAUGGAUGCAAUCAAUGUGCUCUCAAAGUUCCUCAGGCUUCGACCCAACAUGUUCUCCUACAUGGGCACCAAGGACAAGAGGGCCAUCACAGUGCAGGAAAUUGCUGUGCUCAAGAUCACAGCAGAGAGAUUGGCUCACCUCAACAAGUGCCUCAUGAACCUGAAGCUUGGCAACUUCUGCUACAAAAGCCAUCCUCUGAAGCUCGGGGAGCUGCAGGGAAACCACUUCACUGUGGUAAUCAGGAACAUCUCAGGAACAGAUGAGCAGGUCCAACAGGCCAUGACUUCCCUCAAGCAGACUGGCUUCAUCAACUACUAUGGGAUGCAGCGCUUCGGCACCACCGCCGUGCCCACGCAGCAAGUAGGCAGAGCCAUACUGAGAAACGACUGGAAUCAAGUCGUGGAUUUGAUUCUGAAGCCUCGGCCUGGAGCAGAGAAAGUAUACCUGGUUCACUGCAGGGAGGAGUGGGCGAAGAGUCAGGACCCAGAGGCUGCACUGAAAAAGCUGCCAAACAAGCGGUGUGUGGAGGGACAGCUGCUUCGUGGCCUGUCCAUGUAUGGCAAGAAAAACAUCGUCACUGCUUUUGGACAGAUCCCCCGAAACAACCGGCUGAUGUACGUGCACAGCUACCAGAGCGUGGUGUGGAACACCAUGGUGAGCCGCAGGAUCGAAGCCUUCGGCUUGAAGGCAGUGGAGGGGGAUCUGGUUCUCAGAGGACCCAGAGCACACGUCUUGUCUGCAGAGGAGGCCGAGAGUCACUCCAUCCAUGAUAUCGUGAUGCCACUUCCUGGAUAUGAUGUCAUCUACCCUUCCCACCACAUUGGUGACGGAUAUGGAGAGCUGCUCUCUGCAGACGGCCUGGACCUCAACAACAUGAGGCACAAAGUGAAGGACUACUCUUUGGCAGGAGCCUACAGACGCAUCAUCAUCAGACCCACUGAUGUCAGCUGGGAGGUGAUUAACUAUGACAACCCUCGGAUCUCUCUGGUGCACAGUGAUUUUGAGAAAUUGGAGAAUAAACCUGCUCCUGUCUUCAACAAAGAGGGGAAGUAUCGAGCUCUGCGGAUGGAGUUUUCCCUGCCUCCCUCAACCUAUGCUACCAUGGCGAUCAGGGAGGUCCUCAAGUUGGACACCAGCAUCAAAAAACAGACACAGCUCAACACAGUUUGGUUUAACUGAGACCAGAAAAGCUUCGGCCCUGAACUGGACUGCUGCAGGCACAAAUCGAUAUGUUAUGUUUUUUAGAGUUCUGUGUGUCGUGAGAUGUGUAUGUGAGAGAGCAACAACUCAGUUCUCUAUAUGAACUUUACUGUUGUUUCUGUAGAGUGCACAAGGAUGACCAAUAUUCAGUUUUAUGUUUUUACCUUAGAUUUUCAUUUUAAUUUAAGAGAAAGCUUUGCAUUCUGGGUGAUCACAUACCUCUGCUGCUGGUUUGUACAGAAGUGUUGUUUUUAGCUCUUGGCUGAAAAUAGGAGUAAAAUUAAGGAAAUAAAUUAAAGUGACCAACA